AUGAGGUCUUCAAUAUACCGUCGCGAAAGAUACGAUAGUUCGGAGACCGAGCCGUUGCUUCCCGCUAUUCCGGUUUUAACACAAAAUAAUGAGGGAACAGGCAAUAACGGUAUGGCAGAGGUGGGGGUUUCACAGUCGGCUCUCGUGGAGCCUCGAGAGGAAGGCGGACGGAAACUACCACAGUAUAUAGCAGCUUUAUCAGCGACCCUAGGGGCUUUGGCUGCGGGAUCAAUGCUAGGAUGGUCAUCGCCAGUUGUAUACAGAAUAACUCAGGCAAAUAGCACCGAAUAUGACUUUGAUGUUUCCAGUACUCAAGGAGAUUGGGUUUCCUCGCUGAUAAAUCUUGGAGCAGCAGCGGUUUGCUUUCCCAUCGGACUCAUCAUGGAUGCCAUCGGCCGGAAAACAACCAUGCUGUUGUUAGUCAUACCUUUCACUGUUGGUUGGCUUUUGAUAACCCUAGCAACAAAUGUAGGAAUGCUUAUGGCAGGAAGGUUUAUCACUGGUGUGGCUGGUGGUGCGUUUUGUGUUACCGCCCCCGCAUAUACUAGUGAAAUAGCCCAGGAUUCUAUAAGAGGCACCCUGGGAAGCUUCUUCCAGUUGAUGGUCACAGUUGGUAUAUUAUUCGCUUAUACGGUAGGCAGUUCCACUUCGGUGUUGGUAUUCAACAUCCUGUGUACAUUGAUUCCCAUAAUUUUCGGUGUAAUAUUCUUCUUCAUGCCCGAAAGUCCUAAAUAUCUGGUCAACAAAGGAAAAUUUGAUGAUGCGAAAAAUUCUUUGAUUAAAUUACGCGGCAGCAGUUACGACGUCGACAGUGAAUUGAACUUACUGCGGGAGAAAUAUGAAGAGUCUUUGAGUAACAACGUGUCAUUCUUGUCAGCGAUUACUAAAAAGACGGCGUUAAAAGCUAUCCUGAUAUGUUACACUCUCAUGGUCAUACAACAAUUGUCGGGUAUUAACGCGGUGAUUUUCAACACAUCACAAAUAUUCGACAGCGCUGGCGCGACAAUACCGGCUGCGAUCGCGACGAUUAUUAUCGGCGUCAUCCAAGUGAUUGCUACUUUAGUAUCCAGUUUGGUUGUUGACAAGUUAGGCAGACGUAUACUUCUUCUAUUCUCUGUACUAGUUAUGUGCUUAUGUUCCACGGCUCUCGGUGUGUUCUUCUUCUUGAAGGAUACUCACGGCGGAGAGUCUUCGAUAGUUCAAGCGAUAUCGUGGCUACCGCUGUUAUCUCUGUCUCUUUUCAUUAUUGCUUUCUCUCUCGGUUCCGGACCGAUCCCGUGGAUGAUGGCCGGUGAUUUGUGCCUGAUCGACAUCAAAGCCUUCGUUAGUUCAACCGCUGGUACCCUUAACUGGUUGUUAAGUUUCACGGUGACCCGAACCUUUAACGCUCUAAACACUGCCAUCGGUCCCGGACAAGUCUUCUGGAUGUUUGCCGGUAUUAUGGUAGCAGCUUUCAUAUUUAUAUUCUUCGUCGUACCUGAAACUAAAGGCAAGAGCGUCGAUGAAAUUCAACUGUUGUUGGGAGCGGAACAACAGCCACAGACUAACGGAGAAAAAAAAUAG